GCAGGCCCCGGAGCCGCCGCCGGAAGAGCCGCUGCUGCCGCUGCCGCCGCCGCCACCGCCCGCGCCGGGGCCAUGGAGGAGUUUCACCCCCACAAUGACGAGAUGAUCUUCAAUGCUGAUGAAGCCCAUAACAUAGUCAAGGAGUGCAUAGAAGGUGUUUUGGGCAAAGCAGAUUAUAACCACAACAAAGUCAACCAAUGGACUGCAGCUAUUGUAGAACAGUCACUGACACAUUUGGUGAAACUAGGAAAAACAUACAAGUACAUUGUAACCUGUGCAGUGAUGCAGAGGAGUGGAGCUGGUCUUCACACAGCAAGCUCUUGCUUCUGGGAUACCACAACUGAUGGAACCUGCACAGUGAGAUGGGAAAACCGAACGAUGAACUGCAUUGUCAAUGUUUUUGCAGUUGCUAUUAUCCUGUAGCUGACUGGAAGAUGAAUAUAAGUAACACCGAAGCCUUUAAAAACACAACAAAACAGAAAAAAACAGUGAAAUCCUAUCAUUUACUAAACACAUGACUAAAUAUUUAAACCACUAUUUUUUUGGUAUGAGGAGGUAUAUACAAAUUCUCUACAAAAAGUGUACAGUCUCAGCCAGUUCUUACAGGUUAAUUAUCUGAAUGCUAGCAACCUCCCAUAUAUUUAUAUAUAUCUAUAAAGUUUUUGUAGUUUAAAUAAUUAAAAAAUUCAUAAGUGAUGUUAAUGAGAAGAUGCCACAAAGAUCAAUACAAUUUAUAUAAAAGCUUAUAUGAGAGGCACUUUAUUCAAGAGAAAUAAUGAACUUCUAAUCAAAGGAAAAGUGGAAGGGCAAGCAAGAUCUUAGGAUUAUGGUUGGGAACAAAUGAUGAAUACAAUUCAGAUAUUGUAAAUAAUUUCAGAACUUUAUGUUGGAUUAAACAAAGUUAAACUGCAUAUUGAACGUUGAUGCUUGUGAAUUUACAUAAGCAUCAUGUUUCAGUCAAGCACGAACUUUUACAUUGAAAUUAAAUACAUUCAAGCUUUUCCACUUGAGGCACAAAAUAACUUCACUAGCCCUAACAAGAAUUUUGAUUUUUCUUCAGAAUGAAGAACAUUGUAUUUGUUAAUAAUUCAGGGAAACAUGUUGGGAGUCAAAUGAUAGCAUUUAAUCCAUAAUUUAUACUUUUAAAGACAUUAAAAAGGUACUUAAAUUUGAUUUUAUUCUAUGAAUACAGACUUUGUAACAAGCACUUUACUGAUUCCUCAUGAAACAAAAGAGAGUACCCAGGAGUUAGAGGAGUAAGACUGGGCCCAUACUUCUCCAAGAAGAAAUAAGUUGUUCAGAGAGAAGGCACGCACCUUUCUAGAUGUUCUUGUUACCUUAGAAGCAUUUAUCUUAAAAGAACAUUUCUACUCUUUGUAGGAGUAUUUCCUAUAUUUUCAAAGUCUUGAAUUGAAUUUUAGUCCUAAGAAAAGUUGUAAGCAUUGAGUUCCCAUCCUGCAAACAUUUGUGCAAGUUCUUAACUUCACUCAUCUGAUUUAGUCUCAACUUAAAAUAUUCCACAUGGAAAAACCAUAUUUGCACAUGCAUAAGUAUUUGCUGGAUUGUGGCCUAUGAUUUUGUCAGUUAAUGCACAAAUUAUAUCAUGAAGUUAUAUCAAUACCAAAAAUGCCUAAAUGAUUGCUUCCACUAAGUGGCAGCUACAUUAAGUUGUUUUAUCAAAUGCUGCUUGAUGGUAGGAUUUUUUCUUGAUUAGUGCAUGUCUUUGGAAGAGAGACUGGUAACUACCUAACAGCUACUGUAAGGCUGUUUUGUAUUUUAACAAAUAGUAUUAAAGCACUAUUACACCACUUUUUUUUUUUUUUUUUAGGUAGGGGGAUAAUUGACUAUUAGGACAUGUAGCAAGUGUCCUGUGCAAAGAACAAGCUAAAAACCAUUUCAUUGCUCAGAUUGUGUAUAUGGCUAGUAUUAAGACUACAGAAAGAAUAUGUGUAUGUGUAAUUCACAGUACUGUUCAAAAUCUGUUGCUUUGCAAACAACUAGAAUUCAGCUUUUACCUAAGUGCAAGUAAAGUUAAUCCACUGUAAUAUUGCAUUUGCCUAACAAGCAGGUGUAGCGUGAAGAUAUAUUUGCAUGUUGUACUGACUUUCAGAGAUACAGUAAUUUAGUAUUAUUUGGGUUAGGAUAGCAGUUUUCAAACUAGCUGUCAACAUUUAAGACCUGAGUUGUGAACCUAACAAAAAUGCACUAGUUGUGCUUGUGUUUGGGACUGCAAAAGCUAACAAACUUAGGUGGAAUGACACACAGAGAAAGGUUUGGGAACUGCUGACACUGUGUAAGACGUGCGUGAGUAAAAAUAUAGUGAUGACUGUUAUCCUCAUUUAAUAGGCCUUCAGGUUACAUGGACAGAAGGAAUAUUAUUCCAAAUAGCUGUUUACAAUCUCAUUUAGUAUUUUUGCUUUACUUGAAAAUAAAAUGCACUGAGCAAGAUUAUUACUCUGAUUUGGUUUGAUGAAGGUUCCAAUGCAGAAAACCUUUCACUAGAAACCAAGCAGAUACUGCUUAAUUACAAUACUGCUUCAUUUUUCUUUCUACCAAAAAAACAAAUAAAGCUUUGCCUUAGUUGUA